AUGGUAUCAUUGCUUGACAAAGUGAAAUUUCUCUGUAUCGCGGGAGUUGGCCUGUUUUCUGAUGGCUUCCUCAAUUUGACCAUCGGUCUAGUGGUACCGAUGUUGGGCUAUCUGUAUUGGCAGGACCAGGGUGGUGAUGUUCCAACGGCGCAAAGUGACAUUAUGAAGGGUACCUUGAAUGUUGGAAUGGCCGUCGGCCAAUUGAUGUUUGGUGUACUGGGGGACGCUCUGGGUCGUCACAAGGUGUACGGCAAAGAGUUGCUAAUCACCUUGUUCGGCACCCUCAUGGUCGUCUUGCUUCCCUGGAACAACUUUGACAAACAGUCGAUUGUUGCAUGGGUUGCAUGCUUUCGUGUUGUGACAGGAAUAGGCAUUGGAGCAGACUACCCCAUAUCAUCGUCUCUCACCGCUGAAAGCACGCCGCUUGGUUCCAGAGCGGUUCUGUCCUUGUCAGUUUUUGCUUGCAUGGGUCUCGGCAACAUAGCUGCCAGUAUCACGUUCCUCGUACUGGUCGAAGCGUUCCAGUCCGGCAUUGAGUCCGAUAUCAAGUACGUCGAAUGGGUCUGGAGACUCUUAUUUGGGCUGGGUAUGAUACCCGCCGCUAUCACGCUAUACGCCCGGUGGACUAUGGCAGAGACAGCUCCCUAUGAAAAGUGUAUGUCCCGUUCAUACCAGGACGCUCCCAUGCGCGAAUCUAACUUUCUAGACGUAUUGAAGGAGACGAACACCGAAAAAGUAGACAAGCGAGGCCUAAAAGAGCAGUUUCGGGACUUUGCUGUCUACUUCAGCGAAUGGAAACAUGCCAAGGCUUUAUUCGCGACCUCAGCGUCUUGGUUUCUCUUUGAUAUUGCUUACUAUGGCGUCAACCUCAACCAAAGUGUCAUCCUCAAGGAAAUCGGUUAUGCGGAUGGACCUACCCCGUGGGUCACCCUUCGCAAUACUGCCGUCGGAAACAUCAUUGUCCAAGUCGCUGGCUACCUUCCUGGAUACUUCUGCGGAAUCCCGCUACCCGACCUUGUGGGACGCACUCAUCAACAGUUCUAUUCAUGCAUAAUAGUAGCCAUUCUAUAUGCGGUCUGGGCCGGCAUAACCAAUUACACAAGCCUUUUCCUCAACAUGGGCCCCGACUGCACAACCUGGCUCAUGCCUGUCGAAGUCUUCCCCACGAGCGUUCGCGGUACGGCACACGGCAUCUCCGCAGCGGCGGGCAAAUUUGGCGCCAUUCUGACUGCGUUCGCAUUCGGUACUGUGACUGACCGUAUUGGUUUGCCGGGCGUGUUGGGCCUCUUUUCAGGCGUCAUGGUCCUCAAUGCUCUGGUUACUUUUUGGAUUCCGGAGACCAGAGGCAUGACUAUUACUGAUAUUGAGAAUGAGGUUCAUUUCGCUCAACAUCGGCCGAUGGAUAUAUUCAAGUGGCCAGGACUUUGGAGGAAGGAGAGGGAGGAAGGCGUUACGGAUGACAACGUUGCGGGAAAAUCGGAGAGUGUGACCCCCCAUCGAGGUGGUUCCUACCAAGGACGUCUCUGUUUGAGGAAGAACGGGCUGUCCAGAAGCAUGCGUACAUUUGAUACUCAAGUCUAG